UGCGCCAACGACAAGGGAACGACCCGCCCCGGCAGCUUCAUACCUCUCGCAGAAUGUUCGGCCGAAAUCGCCACCUCAGUCAGUUCAUUCUCAGGUAGAUAUACAUGUGCACGACUACUGAAAUCUCAGUUCAUACGAAUCACCCAACCACGUUCUCAGUUCGACGUCAACAUGGAUCUUAUGUCAUCUGGAAUGGCCCGUUUGCGCGAUAUGGCAACGGCCAUGAAUGCAGAAUUGAAGGCGCAAAACCAGCAGCUGGACCGCAUGGAACCCGAGUUGUCGCGGGUUUCGGACACCAUGGCGACGCAAAAUCGACAGAUGAAAAUACUCCUUGGUUCAAUGCUAACAGCAAAAAAAAUUACUAGACUGACGAUUAUUCAAAUUAGGUCUUCAAAAUGGCAAGCCGAAUGGGUGGGCUCAACAGUCUGA